UCUGGAUUCCUCGACUCAUCGUGGAAUAAUACUCGAUUAAAAACGGUGCUGUUCGCUUUGCUGGCCUUGACCUACGGCCAGCAGGACUUGUACUUCCGGCAACCCGAGAAACUCCUCAGGAAUACGAACAACGUGGGCGACCGGCUGGGCGAGUACGCGUUUGCGUACGAGACGGAAGGGGGUAUCCUCCAGAGUGAGAUGGGCAGCCGAAAGUACGAGGGCACAGACUCCGAGACCCAACUCAUACAGGGUAGCGUGCAGUACAACGACCCGAACGGCGAGCCUGUCGUCUUUAGCUACACGGCCGACGAGUACGGCACCAGAGUCGUAGGGAGUCACGUGCCGACUCCUCCCCCGAUACCGGAAAGCGUGGCUAAUAAACUCUUAGGUUUCCAAGAGUCCUUCGAUCACUCGCCCUCGGGAACAUACAUGGAUAAUCCAGGGGAUGCACGGGAGUUUGGAAGAAAUCGCCAAGAGCCGUUGUACUUCUGGAUAUCGAAAAAUCUUUAUUAUCGUUACAUCGUCAUAAUCAUAAACUAG